UGAUGUUCCUGUGUCAUUGCAGUUCAAAAUGCAGAUCUUCGUUAAGACCCUGACUGGCAAGACCAUAACCCUGGAGGUGGAGCCCAGUGACACCAUUGAGAACGUGAAGGCCAAGAUCCAGGACAAAGAGGGCAUUCCCCCUGACCAGCAGAGGCUGAUCUUCGCCGGCAAGCAGCUUGAAGAUGGCCGCACCCUCUCUGACUACAACAUCCAGAAGGAGUCCACCCUCCAUCUUGUGCUGCGCCUGAGGGGAGGCAUGCAGAUCUUUGUUAAGACCCUGACUGGCAAGACCAUAACCCUGGAGGUGGAGCCUAGUGACACCAUUGAGAACGUGAAGGCUAAGAUCCAGGACAAAGAGGGCAUUCCCCCUGACCAGCAGAGGCUGAUCUUUGCCGGCAAGCAGCUUGAAGAUGGCCGCACCCUCUCUGACUACAACAUCCAGAAGGAGUCCACCCUCCAUCUUGUGCUGCGCCUGAGGGGAGGCAUGCAGAUCUUUGUUAAGACCCUGACUGGCAAGACCAUAACCCUGGAGGUAGAGCCCAGUGACACCAUUGAGAACGUGAAGGCCAAGAUCCAGGACAAAGAGGGCAUUCCCCCUGACCAGCAGAGGCUGAUCUUUGCAGGCAAGCAGCUUGAAGAUGGCCGCACCCUCUCUGACUACAACAUCCAGAAGGAGUCCACCCUCCAUCUUGUGCUGCGCCUGAGGGGAGGCAUGCAGAUCUUUGUUAAGACCCUGACUGGCAAGACCAUAACCCUGGAGGUGGAGCCUAGUGACACCAUUGAGAACGUGAAGGCUAAGAUCCAGGACAAAGAGGGCAUUCCCCCUGACCAGCAGAGGCUGAUCUUUGCCGGCAAGCAGCUUGAAGAUGGCCGCACCCUCUCUGACUACAACAUCCAGAAGGAGUCCACCCUCCAUCUUGUGCUGCGCCUGAGGGGAGGCAUGCAGAUCUUUGUUAAGACCCUGACUGGCAAGACCAUAACCCUGGAGGUAGAGCCCAGUGACACCAUUGAGAACGUGAAGGCCAAGAUCCAGGACAAAGAGGGCAUCCCCCCUGACCAGCAGAGGCUGAUCUUUGCUGGCAAGCAGCUUGAAGAUGGCCGCACCCUCUCUGACUACAAUAUUCAAAAGGAGUCCACCCUCCACCUUGUACUGCGCCUGAGGGGAGGCAUGCAGAUCUUCGUUAAGACCCUGACUGGCAAGACCAUAACCCUGGAGGUGGAGCCCAGUGACACCAUUGAGAACGUGAAGGCCAAGAUCCAGGACAAAGAGGGCAUUCCCCCUGACCAGCAGAGGCUUAUCUUUGCCGGCAAGCAGCUUGAAGAUGGCCGCACCCUCUCUGACUACAACAUCCAGAAGGAGUCCACCCUCCAUCUUGUGCUGCGCCUUAGGGGAGGCAUGCAGAUCUUUGUUAAGACCUUGACUGGCAAAACCAUAACCCUGGAGGUGGAGCCUAGUGACACCAUUGAGAACGUGAAGGCCAAGAUCCAGGACAAAGAGGGCAUCCCCCCUGACCAGCAGAGGCUGAUCUUUGCUGGCAAGCAGCUUGAAGAUGGCCGCACCCUCUCUGACUACAAUAUUCAAAAGGAGUCCACCCUCCACCUUGUACUGCGCCUGAGGGGAGGCAUGCAGAUCUUUGUUAAGACCCUGACUGGCAAGACCAUAACCCUGGAGGUGGAGCCCAGUGACACCAUUGAGAACGUGAAGGCCAAGAUUCAGGACAAAGAGGGCAUUCCCCCUGACCAGCAGAGGCUGAUCUUUGCGGGCAAGCAGCUUGAAGAUGGCCGCACCCUCUCUGACUACAACAUCCAGAAGGAGUCCACCCUCCAUCUUGUGCUGCGCCUUAGGGGUGGCUGUUAAUUGUGUUUCCAUCCUAAUUUACAAGUUGCCAAUAACAUUUGUUUGCACUGUAGCAGUUUUUCUUAAAAUUGUAAGGUAAAUGCAAGUUUAGUAACUGCUGGACUGUUUGUGUAUAAGCUAAUAAAGUUUUGUGUUGCACAUUGCUUGAUUGUCUUGAUGAAUAAAGAGCUCUGUGACAUG